AUGGAGAGAAAUUCUCAUUCAGUGAACCUUGGAAAAUCUAAGCACAAGCCAGAGGAGACAUGCAAGUCCUUCAAGGAUAUCUCCAAAUACUUCUCCGAGGAAGAGUGGGCAAAGUUGAGCCGUUCAGAGAAGAUCACGUAUGUGUAUAUGAAAAGAAACUAUACCACCAUGACUAAGCUAGGUCUCAGAGCCCAUCUCCCAGAUUUCAUGAAAUCUAAGGAAGAGGUCACACAAUCUGUGCUCAGUGAUUCUGAUGAAGUUUCCAGCCAUGAGAGUCAAGGUGAGUAG